UCGGCACUAUUUUUCAAGCCACUGGUAGGAACACAUCCUUUUGAGCAAAAGCUUUCUUGCUGAUUACACUUCUGUGACUCCAUUUGCAGGGAACCAUGAAGACAAUCUUGUCUCUCCUUUUCAUCGGUUGCAUUGCCUUUGCAGCAAACAACUCUGCCCAAAGUGAAGAUGGAAUAAACACCGCAGCUAGCUGCAAGCCCAGAAAAGAAUGCGCUGAUUACAAAGGCUUCUGCGUCCGAGACUCUGAUCCAACAGCAUGCUCCAAAGGACUCCUCUUCCCCUCGCUGUGCACCAGCGACCACUGCGCUUGCUGCAUAGGAGACAGCUGUUCCAAUGCUACUUGUCCCGCCAAUUCGACUUGUGUCAAUACUCUCCGAGGUUACGAGUGCACCUGCGCGGAGGGAUACAAAAAAGUGAAUGGUACUUGUGAAGAUAUAGACGAGUGUUCGCAGCCGUCUGCUUGUCUUCCCGGUCAAAGAUGCACAAACACUCCAGGGUCUUUUGAGUGCAGCUGUAGAAGUGGCGAGCAAGCGAUAUGCAUCAAAAGAUGUCCUCUCUACACCAGUUAUUAUCCUGCAUAUGGUUGCGUUACGAAGAUUUACGGACCAAUGACCCAAGAAGAUGCUAGAAUGAGAUGCGCUUUUGAAUACGGAAGUUUGUUGGAAAUCAAUAAUACUGCAAUGCUGAAUGACACGAAACUUUUUGGAAACUUACCACUGAAAGCGUGGGUAGAGGUAACUCUACCUGAAUGGAAUUCAUCGGCCUGUUCGUCGUCACCUGCCAUUUCUACGUCAACAUCUGGACCUACUUCCUACACACUUUCGGGCACCGACUGUAUGACGAGACUGAGUACAGCCUUCUGCUCUGUAAUACCCAAUUGGCUUUGAAGGAUCAUAUUAUAAAUAUGAAUCAAACCUACUGCUGAGUAGGCUAUUAAAGUUUGAUUGCAUUGC